UGUCGACGGCGGCACCGUCAAACGACUGCGGGCUUUUCUUCAGAUAUGUUCGGAAGCAACACUGUACAGUCUUCCUGGGCAAAUCCCCAACAGAACCAGAACCAGAAUCAGCCGCAGCAGCAGGGCGGUUCUGCUUUUGGCCAGCCUAGCGGUUUCGGAACCGGUGCAGGCUUUGGAACAACAGGUGCUUUUGGUCAGCCCCAGCAGCCACAGGCAAAUCCAAUGUUUGGUAAUUUGGCGACCCCAAGCACAGGAACUUCAGCCUUUGGCACAUUUGGCCAGAAUGCUCAACAACCAGCUGCAGGCACCUCAGCGUUUGGAGCUCCAAAGCCUGCCACGGGCUUUGGUGGCGCAUUUGGAGGGGGAGGUACUUCGGCCUUUGGAAGUGGCGGCAAUACUUUUGGCGCCACAGCUGGGACGGGGACCACAGCUUUCGGCUCUAAUACCAACGCGGGCACUGGAGGUGCAUUUGGUACAUUCGGGCAGAAUAGAGCCACUGCUGGCUUUGGUGCGACUUCUCCAACUACGAGUAAUGAGAGCGUUGCGCCUGUUACAACAGGUACAUCAAAUCCUCCCUACAAUGCUUUCGGUGAAAAGGACCCAACGUCGACCGCUACUCUGCAAUAUCAAACAAUAACUGCUAUGCCUGCCUAUCGAGGAACAUCGCUCGAGGAGCUUCGUCAUCAAGACUAUCAACAGGGACGCAAGACUGCAGGGGCAUUUGGCCAGCCAUCGUUUGGUGCAACAACCACCCAACCAACGGGUUUGUUCGGAGGUGCACCUACGCAGCCUGCCAGCACAUCUAUGUUCGGCGGCGGCGGCACGGGGACAAGCACCUUCGGGGGCACAGGAACGGCAGGCAAUACUGGGACUGGUUUUGGAUCUUUCACACAACCCCAGCCCGCGCAACCAUCAGCAGGUACUGGAACGGGAAUAUUCGGUUCAACCUUUGGUCAGCCUCAGCAGCAGCAACCACAAUCACAACCACAGCCACAGCCACAACAGCCUUCCACCUUCGGUACGUUCGGGCAGCCACAGCAACAGCAGACCACAACUGGGACUGGCAUCUUUGGUUCGGGUGGUGCAUUUGGGCAGCAGAAUAAGCCCACCACUGGCUUCGGGGGUGGCAGCACCUUCGGGCCAACAACAGGUGGCGCGUUCGGUUCUACGGCAGCUUUUGGACAGCCAGCUCCUCAGCCUGCUGCAGGUACUACAGGCAUUUUCGGCCAACCCCAGCAGCAGCAACCUGCAACUGGGGGCACAUUUGGUAGUUUUGGUUCGAACACGGCUGCCAAACCUUCAAUUUUCGGUCAGCCUGCUCAACCUAACCCGGCGGCGUCCACCGGCUUUGGCACGUUCGGCAAUCAACCUCAGCAGCAGCAACCUCAGCAACCACAAACGGGUGGUAUAUUCGGCAACACCAGUGGUAAUAUGUUUGGCCAGCCCCAGCAGCAGCAGCCACCUCAACAAACGGGGGCAUUUGGGUCCACAACGCAACAAGGUGGCAUAUUUGGUGGUACCACGACAGGUGGAGGUUUAUUUGGGAACGUCCAACAAAACCAGCCGCAGCCCCAACAGCCGGCUCAAACGGGUGGGAUUUUUGGAACCAAACCAGCUACGACUGCUGGUGGAAGUCUCUUUGGACCCACAUUUGGUCAAAGUGGCCCAUCCGGCCCGCAACUCCAAACAAAUGUUUUCGGGCAGCCCGCAGGUCAAGCGACGAACCAGCAACCAGCAGCUGGGACGAACGCAUUUGGCUCAUCCUUGUUUGGUCCCAAACCCGUUGCACCGGGACUUGGCACGUCGACAUCAGCAGGUGGCGGUCUUGGCAGUUCACUAUAUGGAGGACAAUCUUCUAUGCUAAACGUCUCCGCUACUGUUCCUGGAGCACAAGGCACUCUGUUCGCCUCCAUUGCCGAACCUCUUUCUCAAAAUCUGCCGAUUUUCUCGAUGCUUCCUCCUGGCCCACGUGCCGUAGACCUUGAUCAACAGCCGAAAAAGAAACCCGGUUUUUUCGUCGAUGUCCCUACACGUUCACCUGUCCCACACCUGCAGCUCGGCUAUACCCCCGCCAACUCGAAGCUGCGUGGCUUUGCAUCAUCAACGUCGGGGAUUGCACUUGGGUCCAGUACCAGUCCCUUCGCAACUUCAUUGACGAAUGGCAAGUCCAAUGCAUUGGCACUCAGUCGCCUUGAUGGCAAGGGUUCGGAAGGAUUGUUAGGACGAAGUUCCACUCCAUCUCUAGGAAGUGGAGGGCGUCAAAGCGUGAAGAAGCUGAUACUGGACAAGAAAGUUGAGCCUGCAGACCUCUUCAGCCAAUCCAGUUCGCGCGCUAGUCCCAACAAAGUCACAUUCAGUCCUGCACUCAGUCAAGCUGCCCGCGAAAAGGAAGUUGCAAGAGAGAAAGAAGCUGCGGCCGGUGCAGCACCUGCUGCUCCCCAAGUAGAGACUCCUGCUGUUCGCAAAGCUCCGGGUCGUUUUUCUGCACAGAGCACGAUUAACGUGUUGGGCUCACAACCAAGCUCACCUGCAAAAGAGCCUCCGGCGCCCGCAGCACUGCAACAUGGUAGCUACUGGGUGAAGCCUGCCCUCCCGACCCUCGUCAACCUUGGUUACGAAGACCUAGUGGCAUUCAAGGAUCUUGUCGUUGGGCGCGUCGGCUACGGCGAGAUUCAUUUCCUGGAGCCAGUCGACCUCACUAAUCUUCCAAGGCUUGGUGCUCUCCUAGGGGAGAUCGUCAAGUUUGACGAUAAGGAGUGCAGUGUUUACCCGGACACUGAUGACGCAGAAAAGCCUGCGCCGGGCUCAGGGCUCAACGUUCGCGCGCGCAUCAUCCUUGUCAGAUGCUGGGCGACGGAUAAAGCGACCCGUGAACCCAUCAAGGAUGAGAAGAAUGUUGGUGCAGUCAAACACCUGAAGCGGCUGAAGACGAUCAAAGACACCCACUUCGAGGGCUUUGAGAUUCAGGAAGGAAAAUGGACAUUCACGGUAGAUCAUUUCUGAGCAUAGCUCUUGUUCAUCUUGAGGUGUUGGUUCUCCCUUGUGCAGUGCAGUGCAGCAGUGUUCGUCUAUAUCUUAGGUGUUGUCUAUGCAAAGACUGCUGUCAUUAGUUUAGGUGUAUACUUAGGAGUACUUUGUAUGCAAGUAGAUAGCUUUGAAUAAUAACAAACACCGGAAGCACGA